GUGUGAUACCAUCCCUCACCCUGCGACACCGUCGUUCAUCCGCCACAGCACGUGACGCUGAAGAAGAACUGCGCGAUGAAGCUCGGACUAGUUGCAUGCAUCGUACUGUCUGCUGCUGCAGGUUGCAAUGCCUUCACCGGCGGCCCCGUCACCGGUGCAGCUUCGCUUCGGCAGAAGAAGGUUGAUGCUGUCUCGAAGGUGGCGGCAGCCUCGCCGCGAGCAGGGCUGGAUGGGACGCGAAGGGAUGUCAUCCAAACCGCGAGUGCGGCAGUCGCUGGCUUGCUUUCCUCUGCGGUGCUGCCUGCAGGAGCCCUCGCUGCUGCGAAAGCAGAACCCAACCGGAGAGUGUUCACGACAGACGGUGGAGUCAAGUUCAUUGUGCUGAAAGAGGGAACCGGGCCCGUCGCUAGGGACGGUGACUUCUGCGUCGUGGAGUUCACAGGGUUCCUACCGGAUGGGGCGGUUUUCGACGCAAGCAAUGCACCGGGCAGGAAGCCCAUCGCCUUCCAGCUCGGCAAGCGGCAGGUUAUCAAGGGGUGGGAAGAGGUGCUGCGGCUGAUGAAUGCCGGGGCGGAGGUUCAGAUGGUGGUGCCGGCUGACAUGGCGUUUGGUGACAAGGGGAUAUGUAUCGACAACGGCGAUUGCCUCGUCAAGCCAGGAAUGGACGUACGUUACGACCUCCAGCUGAAGCGCGUGGCCCCCACCCCUUAGAGUGAACAAGACUAGAUGCCUUAAAGUAGACCCGCGGGCUUGAAUUUGCUGGUCGCUCGAACGUACUGGAUGGCUAUUGGGCAUGGCUUCCGUCAUCCUGGGUGGAGUUCUCUCUGGUUGUUCUCUUGCUGCUAGUACAUAUAGACUCAAGUGUGGGGCACCGUUACCGGGAGGUCAGAAGGAGCUGAUGCGGUGGACCUAUUCGUUUUCCAGCUCGGUGCAGUUGAGUGAGGCAGUGCACCUUACCAGGCAGGACGAUUUGCCUUUGUAGCUUUCACCCGCCCCAUCGUGGUUCGCAACUCGGCGCAAGAAAGUCGCAACUCGGCCGGGCCCCUGGGCAUCGGAGCUACAACACAAAGCUUGUUCGGCAAGCUACCGAUUUUAGUAGACAGGUAUAGGAUUGGCGUUGGGGAAUAAAGGUAGAACCCUUCACAGGCUCGAACACUCCAUGCGUGGACACGCUACCUGUAUUGUGCACAUUUCUUGUCCAGGUGUACGUUGCCCGUCGCUGCGGAGUUUUUGGCUCCCGUCGGCACCGAUUCGAUUCUGUUCGACAUUCCAAUGAGGGUCCUUUCGUCCCGAUAGGGUGUGUUCUGAGCUUCGCGUAGCUCUGUGUAGAGGUUAGAUUUUCUGUGGACGCGUGUUGCUUGCUCUCCAUGGGAUACGCGACCCGGCGAGACGAUGCGGUCGGGGUGUUUCUUGUAGAUGAAGAUGGUGAAUUGAGCUGUCAGUAAAAGAAAUUAUCUUGGUAUGGGUAAGAAAGAGGAAGGACUGCUUAGCGUGUCGCGGUUGUUGCUCAGGCUCUACCGUCCAUGCGGUACUUCACAUUGGUGUAAUCGGAUCUACCAGAUUUUCGGUUUUCUGCGACAGUAGCCUUACCAGGCACUGCAGUCAUUGCCUGUGCUCCAAACACUCGAUCAGUAUCAAUGAACGCCACGCCAGAUUGUUCGCGAAUGAGCAUGGCGAACUGGAGAAACGAAUGAUGUGGACUUUCAUGUGAGGUCGCCAAAUGCUGAUGGAUUUGCGUACUCAGGCUUGAUGCAUGAUUCAUUUGUCAAGGCGUACAUCCCUGAAACGUUCCCCCUUUCGAUCGGGAGAACGCUCCGGACACCUUUCCCCCCUGUUCUCAGUGGACGCG